AUGAUGACCUUCAAAUUUCUCUACGGAUCGCGGCUUCUUCGAUCGCCAGCGGCCAUGGAUCUCACGUUCAGCAGCAACAACACAAUGUAUUCCUCCAACUUCAGCGCCAACCUAAACCUUCGCCUCCCUCUUUUCACACUUCAUCAUCUCAUUUAUGUAAAUCCGCUUCAAACAUCACAAAUCAAAUUGCCAGUUCAAACUCGGCGUCCCCUGUUCAAGCUUAUCCGAGUGAAAGAGAGGAAAAAUGGAAUCAAACAAGAUCUGAGUACCAACGCCAAUGCUACAUCACGAUGUGGAACGGAAGAAAAGGCGAAGGAAUCCUUUACCAACCGGAGCAGCUCUGACAUCUUUUUGAUGUCGGAGACUACUAAGAAACCAGAGAAGAAUAACUUCAGGUUCAGCCAGUUUGGUAUUUGGCAGCUGGCUUGGUUUGAGCUGGAAGUAGUAAUGAUUGAUAACAUGGUAGCAACUGGUAGGAAAGUAUGCAUGAAGUAUGGCUAG